AUGGCCUCGCGCCUGUCGCGCUCGCUCAAGAGCCUGUCGUCACUCGUACCCUUCCUCGCGUCGAACCCGGGCGGCGACCCCUCGUCCUCCCACCCGGCCGGCGCCUACUCCGCCAUCCCGCUCUCGUCCAUGCCCAGCUCGCCCCUCGACGGCGCCGAGAAGCAGCACACGUACGCCUCGCCACCACCCUCGACGCGGCGCAAUGCCCUCGCCCAUGCCUGGCUCUGGGUCUCGCCCAUCCUCGUGCUCGCCCUCGCGUCGUCGACCUACCUCGCCGCGCGCAGGACCAACUCGGGCGUCCUCGACCCGUACGUGUGUGCGCCCAAGAGCAACUGGACCUUGUUGCGCGACGUGUGCGCGGCGGACCGAGGUGCAGGGGAGCAAAAGGACGACAACUACGAGCUCGCCCUCGAUCGUCACCUGACGCAGGACCAGUGCGACGCCAUCUACCCGGGCCUUUACCUCGAGGUCGAGCGCGCGCACGACUACUGGAAGGCGCGAGGAGGUGUCACGCAGAAGGACUUGGACGAGGCCGAGGCGCAAGGGCAGGCGCGCGCCAUGAUCAUCAACAACCGCCUCUACGUCAAGAGCUACUCGGACUCCCAGCAGGGCACGCGCACCAAAGCUGCCCUCGCCCUCAUCAACGAAGCCCUCAUCACGGCGCCCGAGGCGGUUCCCGACAUCGAGUUUGUGAUCCAGACGGGCGACAACGGCGUGCCCAAAGGCGCGCCGUGGGCGUUGGGGAGGAAGGAGAGGGAGGAGCAGCUCACGUUGAUGCCUGACUACUCGUUUUUCUCUUGGCCCGAACCGCACGUCGACUCGUGGCAAGAAGUGGCCGACCACACGCUCGAGUACGAGACGCACCUGCGGUGGGAGGACAAGAUCGACAAGCUGCUGUGGCGGGGUGCGUUCCUCGUCGACAUCCGCAAGGAGCUGUGGGAGAUUGCGCGCAAGUUCAAGUGGGGCGCCGUCGACGACCUCGACUGGGGCGACCGCGAGCAGGUCAACAAGCUCCUCCUCACGCCCGAGCAGCACUGCGACUACAAGUACCUCGCCCACGUCGAGGGCCUCGCGUACAGCGGCAGGCUCAAGUACCUGACCCAGUGCCGCAGCGUCAUCAUCGCCCACAAGAUGCGCUACGUGCAGCACUUCCACCACCUCUUCAACUCGGACCCGUCGUCGCCCGCCCAGAACCUGGUCACGGUCCCGGGCCACCAUUUCGACGAGCUGCCCGCCGUCAUGGACGCGCUCCUCGCCGACGACGCGCGCGCCAAGCGCAUCGCCGACACGAGCUACACGUUCUGGCGCCAUUGGCUCAGCGUCGGGAGCGUCGACUGCUACUGGCGCCGCCUGUUUCGCGAGUGGCGCGACGUCAUGGCGUUCGAGCCCGUCGUGACGAGGAACUUGACGUCCUACAACAGCUUCAUAUUGAUGGGCAAGGCGCACUGGGAGGCGUACUGA